GCAUGGUUGACACAUGACAGAAUGUGACCCCAAGUAUAAAGAGCAAGCAAAGCACAAUACGCUUUUGCCUGUGUUAUUCUCCUUCAGCCUUCUCUCUUUCAUCUAUCUCUUCGGUGUCUGCUUUCCCCAGAGGGUCUCUACCCUCUAGUCCAACAUGGCGCACCAACGGUCAAGCUCGCCAAAAGCAGAGGCAACCCGCCUCCGCUGGCAGAAGGUAGACGAAGAGACUGGUCUCCAGCCCAAGAAACUGCUUCCAGAUCUCUCAAGAACUGUGUCAACCAUGUCAAACAACUCUCAAACGUCUGCGCGGAGUCGGAACCGGAGGGCAACUGUUGAUCCUUCUCUUUCAUUACCAAUUCAUUACCGCACUGUCUCCUUCGACAUCGAUGAAACAAGAGAAAGGGAACUUGCUGAGACCGCCAAAGCGAAGAACAAUGUCGUGACAGACCUCUCGAACCUCGACUGGCAUCAAAUUUCCACCGAAGAGCUACAGAAACGAUGGAAAGUCGAUAUAUCGCAGGGGCUCUCACGCGAACAAGUCCAGCAACGCUUACAGGAUUACGGAAAGAAUGCUCUCUCGCCACUGCCACACCAGUGGUUCUGGCAGAUAUUUGGUUACUUCUUCAAAGGCUUCGGUGCCAUCCUCCUUAUAGGAAGUGUUCUGGUGUUUGUCUCAUGGAAGCCUCUCGGGGAUCCUCCAGCUAUAGCCAAUCUUGCCUUGGCUAUCGUUUUACUUGCCGUGUUCUUCAUUCAAGCUGGGUUCAAUGCGUGGCAAGAUUGGUCAUCAUCACGAGUCAUGGCGUCGAUCAUUGCCAUGUUGCCGGAAAGUUGUCUUGUUCUCCGCGACGGCUCACUCACUGUGGUCUCUGGACCGGAAAUUGUUCCUGGUGAUGUUGUGCAUCUCACAGCCGGAACCAAGCUGCCUGCUGAUUUACGCCUGGUCGAAGUAUCCACUGACGCGAGCUUCGAUCGUUCGAUCCUGACUGGUGAAUCCGCCCCGAUCAAUGGAACGGUCAACUCUACGGAUGACAACUACCUCGAGACACACUGUAUUGGUCUACAGGGGACACACUGCGUGGCUGGAAGUGCCGUGGGCGUUGUCGUCUCCACUGGUGACUCGACCGUCUUUGGUCGAAUUGCCAAGCUGACCAGUGAGCCCAAGAAAGGCCUGACCACCUUGGAAAAAGAGAUCCUGCGCUUUGUGUCAUUCAUUGUUGCAAUCAUGCUAGCUAUGAUCAUUCUUGUUGUUGGAGUUUGGGCUGGAUGGCUUCGAAAAGAACAUCCAGACUGGAUCAACGUUCCUACUCUGAUCGUCGACUGCGUGAGUGUUGCUAUCGCAUUCAUUCCUGAAGGCCUUCCAAUCGCCCUUACCGCAAAUUUGACAAUCACUGCCAGCCUCAUGAGCAAGAACAAGAUUCUAUGCAAAUCGCUGAAGACUGUGGAGACUCUGGGUGCUGUCUCUGUAAUCUGCUCCGACAAGACUGGAACGUUGACAAGGGUUUGUCUUAUGCAAUUGCCGGAGCGUCACUGUUUACUAAUCUUGUGGCCUAACUAUCAGAACAAAAUGUUUGUUACAGAGUGUGCCAUCUCGACAACCUGCUUUAGCCCUGAUUCAGCAAGGGAUGAGAUGAACAGGAAAGGCAAGAAGAGCGGAGUCCACCAGCUUCGCGCCAUGGUCGGUCUCUGCAAUGCAGCUGAGUUUGAUGCCGCAUCCAUGCAGCUCCCGCUCCACGAAAGAGAGAUCCACGGAAAUGCCACUGAUCAAGCCGUCCUGAGGUUAUCCGAGGGUUUGGGAUCGGUAGCCAAAUUGCGCCAAACGUGGAAAAAGACCUAUGAGCUGGCUUUCAACAGCAAGAACAAGUUUAUGGUACGGACAUUCACACUUGCUGAACCAGAGGGACUAGGACUCGCGAUGUCUGCCGCAGAGUCUUCGCAGUUCAAGCGCAGCGAUAUUCUUUUCACGAUUAAAGGUGCACCGGACAUUCUUAUCGACCGAUGCUCGCAAUUCAUUGAUCUUGAUGGCAGCGUGCAGCCACUGGAAGCGCGGAUGCUGGCUCGGAUGAAAGAAGUCAAGGACCAGUGGUCUGCAGAAGGAAAGCGCGUAAUUCUCCUCGCGCGAAAACUUCUCUCUUCGGCUGAGAUAAUGUUUCAGCCAUCCUCACAUGAGUUUGAGACUGAAAUGCUGAACCAAGCGAAGACCGGGCUGGUUCUAGUCGGCAUGGUCGGUAUUGUCGAUCCUCCGAGGGAAGAAAUUCCAGACGUCAUCAGUACCCUGCGACGCGCAGGGAUUCGGAUCUUCAUGGUAACCGGCGACUUUGGCCUCACAGCGCUGGCUAUCGCACGGCAAUGUGGAAUUGUUAGCACAAACGGUCUCGUCGAUGAUGCGACUGCUCUCAGAAGAUCAAUGGACUCCGAGAAGGCCUCCAGUGCUCCUACUGCCUCCGCGAUCACCAUCAGUGGAGCUGACCUUAUGAGUCUCAAUGACAACCAGUGGGAACAACUCUGUCAGUACCAGGAAAUUGUCUUUUGGCGAACCACUCCCGAGCAAAAGCUUCGUAUUGUUCGCGAGUUCCGCGCAAGAGACGAGAUUGUCGGCAUGACUGGCGAUGGUGUUAAUGACGCGCCUUCUCUGAAGGCAGCUGACAUCGGCAUCGCACUGGGUAGCGGGUCUGACAUUGCCAUUGAGGCUUCUGACAUGGUUCUUCUGGAGUCUUUCUCUGCCAUCGUCGAAGCGGUACAGUACGGGCGGGUUGUCUUUGACAACUUGAAGAAGACAAUUGUCUAUCUUCUCCCAGCGGGUUCGUUCUCAGAGUUCUGGCCUGUCUUUUGCAAUGUUGUCUUCGGGCUUCCUCAGGUCCUCUCAUCCUUUCUGAUGAUCAUCAUCUGUUGCUUCACAGACUGCGCGGCCGCGACAGUCCUCGCCUACGAGAAACCCGAAGCCGACGUCCUCCUCCGUCCCCCACGCAAGCCCAAGCAGAACCGCCUCGUGAACUGGAAACUCAUCUUCCACGCAUACGGUGUUCUUGGCAUUAUUGAAACCGUCUGCUCCUUUGCCAUGGCCUUCUGGUACCUUGAGCGCAACGGCGUCCCCUUCUCUGUCUUCUGGUUCAAGUUCGGCAAUUACCCGUCCGACAUUGACCAAGACUGGCUCACAGCCCGCCUCAACGAAGCCAGCUCUGUCUACUUUGUCAACCUUGUCGUGAUGCAAUGGUUCAACCUCAUGGCCGUCCGCACUCGCCGCCUCUCCAUCUUCUCGCACCCACCAGCCUUCAAUAAAAAGACUCAGAACCUACUCCUCUUCCCCGCCAUCUUGUUUGCCUUCGUCAUGGCCAUCUUCUGGCUCUAUAUCCCCCCGCUCCAGCGCACGUUGAACACAACCAGCGUCCCCGCGAUCCAUUACUUCCUGCCUGCGGCAUUCGGGGUGGGGAUCGUGGUGCUGGAUGAGCUGCGGAAGGCGGGAGUGAGGCGGUGGCCGAACGGCCUCCUGGCUCGAUUCGCGUGGUGAGAGUCUGUUGCUUUACUUUGCUUUGUGGCCGGUGGUUUGAGGAGUAUUGCUUAGAGGCUAGGCUACAUACAUAUGUACUUGGUUGGGAGGCCCACCGGCAGGUUACACCCGGAGCCCGGUGCAUGUUGGUUCCGAUUUAGACUGGGAUCUCUGCUUCAUCCGAAUGGGGUAGGUAGACUAGCUUGUCGGCCAUAGUGCAGUGGUCUGGUGGAUUUGGACUCUGUCAUACCUGGUUACUUACUAAUUAUGGGUUACGGCUGGCCGGGAUAUGGCUGGCUGGGCGGGAGGGGUUUUGAGUUAUCUUUGUUCUUUUCGUUUUCUGAUGUACAUACAUUCAUACAUACUUACAUAUGAUAUACGGU